AUGUUGAACAAUUUUAUUUGUGGCAGUCUCCAUCACCCAGAAGAAGAUGUACCAUGUUCAAGCCCCAAGAAGUCCAAGAGAAAAGAAAGUAGGAAUGACAAAAACCCAUACUCCAAUCGAGGCUUGGACAAAUUUUCUGCACUUUUGGAUGAUCUUGAUGAGAGAAGGAAAAAGGUUUACUCACAGAUGAGUCCUCAGGACAUAUCUUUCGUUCGGUUUGCGUAUUCAAACAACCAUGAUAUCGUUCCCAUAGUGGUCAAAGUGAAAAACAAUAAGGAUCAGAAGAAGCACAAGAGUGAAGAACUCAAAGCAAGACACAUAACAUCUUUCUCGGAGCAAUUGGAGAAAUCUGAUGAAGAAGCAACCUUGAAAGAAAGGAAGCAGAAACUCAAUAAGUUGGAAUCUCAUAAGAAGAAUUUGAGCUUUUCUUGGAAUAUGUUGAAGAGGCCAUCCUUCUAUGUGCCAGCGGUUAUGAUGUUGAUUUUGGUUUUUUUGGUUGUUUUUGGGAGAUCGGUUGCUACACUUUGCACUUGUGUUGUGUGGUAUGUGGUCCCCACAUUGAGUGAAUAUUAUGAUAGUUCAAAACCAAGGAACAAAUCGAUGAUGAACUCUAAGAAGAGAGACUAUGUUAGGGGGUGGCUGAAUGAUAGUAUGAAGAUGAUGAAUCCUGAAGAGUUAGCUUCUCCAAGAACUGGUGAUUCCAAGGAUUAUUCAAAUGACAAGAAUUCAGGGAAACAUGGCCACCAGAAAAGUUGGUGA